AUUUAGCAUCUUGUCGUAAAAAUCAAGCGCUAUAAAACAGCCCCACAAGGGUUUCCCCCAAGAUAGCAUAAUUUACUGUGAUUGAUCCGUUCUCCCAGUAAAGUCUACUUCAAGUGUUGAGUUGCUGUUGAAGACUAAACUCAGCCUAGCAAUAUGGCGGCAACUAACGGAAAUGGACAUGCCAAAGACCCAUAUGGCCUGAACCGAGACCAUUUAGCAUCGAUCCGCCUAAACCUCCAGAACUACCUCUGGAGGGACUCGUUGGGAUACACCAUUCACCCGGACAUCAAACAGGAGCUGGGCUUACAGUCUAAUCCGAACAAGGAGAUCAAAAUUGCCGAUAUCGGUACCGGAACAGGAAUCUGGCUCAUCGACCUUGCGCAAGAACUCGGCCUCACAGAAAAGAACGCCCCGACCAGCAACAUCCAGCUUGAUGGUUUCGAUAUUGACAUUGUCCAAUGCCCCCAGCCCGAGUGGUUGCCGGGGAACAUCAACUUCCAUGUCUGGAAUGCCUUUGAGAGUCCCGAGUCGAAAUUCGUCGGCCAAUAUGACAUUGUCCACGUGCGUCUCUUCGGAAUCAACGUCAGAGAUACCGAGCAUGGCAUCCAAGUGAUCUCGAACUUGAAGAAGAUCCUAAAGCCCGGAGGUUGGAUCCAGUGGGAGGAAGUGAAGAGUUCUGCGAGCCGCGUCCACAAGAUCAACCCAUCCCUUGAGACGCCGGGGACGGACGGGUUGCUCGACUACGUCCUUCGGGAAUCCAGGAAGUAUCGAGGCGGAGACGAGUGGUUCACCAGCGCCGACUCAAUAUUCCAGAGCCAGGGCUUCGAGAAGGUCUCCCUUCGCGAGCAUAUCGAUCCCCCCAUGCUAUGGCGGUAUCUAUAUGAGGUCUGGCUUCUCACUGUGGCAGAAUUCUGCCGAACUCAACUGAGGGACACGGAGGCAGGGGCCAAGUACUCGGCAAUGGUGUCGCAGGCGUGCGACGAGUCUCGACAGGGGGCGGCCAUCCAGUUGGGCAGGUUGGCUUUUAUCGCGAAGCUGCCGGCUUGAUCUCUUUGCAGAUGAUGGGGAGGCCUGGCAGUGCACGGCGUAUGUUGAUGUUUUUGUUGAGAUGAAUAAUAAAGUCUCUCGUUCCGCUAGAACCCAGCCAAUGUGCUCUGUAUUCGCUCGAAUCUGUC